CCGAGAACUUCAGACCCUCCUCUUUGGAUGAUCGACAAUCUCUUUAUCUCACCCUCGCGAUGUCUGCCAGAGUAUCAUUACUAGAGCAGCCUGACCCGGAGGCGGCGCAGGUCGUCGCCGAGCAUCUCCCCCCGGGAUACACAGCCGAGUUCGACAGUGCCCCGGCCGAAAGCACAAAUGGUCCAACUGGUUCUUCAGCCUCGGGGUCUGAGGUGCCGGCUCUGCCCGCGGAAGAGUCCUCGUUGAAGCUGCAGGGGGGAGACAUGCACCGGGACCUAUUCAAGCUGGAUGCCGCCGCGCGCGGCCUGAUGCACCGCCGCGCAGCCACCUUCCACUCGCCCAGGGAGUUCCGGCAGGACGAGGACAUACCGGUAAUGAGGGUGGGCGACCAGCUUGCUCCGCAAGGGUUUCGCCGGGCAUACCUGCAACAGAGGCACGGUCACGAUUUCAUGGCAGCCCGGAUGCCCAUCACCCGCAACUUUGUCGAGUUCCUCGACCUCUACGGAAGCUUCGCCGGCGAAGACCUAGUUGACACAGACGAGGAAGGCACUGAAGAGGAGGAAGAAGCGGAAGAAGCCGACGGCGAACGGCGGCCCCUUCUCCGGCAGCGAGUUCUCUCCGCGAGACCGCCUCGCUCGGCUCAGGCCGGCACUGUAAAAACCUUCUUCACGCUGAUCAAGGCCUUUGUCGGCACCGGCAUCAUGUUCCUACCCAAGGCCUUCUCCAACGGCGGCAUCCUGUUCUCCACCCUCGCCAUGCUCGCCGUGUCGGCCAUCACCAUGGCCGCCUUCCACCUUCUCUUGCAAUGCAAACUGCACUACGGCGGCGGCUACGGCGACAUCGGCCAGGCCAUCGCCGGCCCCAAGAUGCGCACCCUCAUCCUCUUCUCCAUCGCCCUCAGCCAGCUGGGCUUCGUCUGUGCGGGUAUCGUGUUUGUCGCCGAGAACCUCCUGACAUUCCUUGACGCCGUCACCGGCGGCCACAGCCCCAUCUCCACGGCCGGUCUGAUCGCCUUGCAGCUGGUCAUCCUCGUCCCGCUCGCGUGGAUCCGCAACAUCUCCAAGCUGGGGCCCGUCGCGCUCCUCGCGGAUGCGUGCAUCCUGGUGGGAGUCAGCUACAUCUACUGGUUCACGAGCACGUCGCUCUCCCAGAACGGCAUCGACCCGACCGUGGUCUUGUUCAACCCCAGCCGGUACACCCUCACCAUCGGCGCCGCCAUCUUCACGUUUGAAGGUAUAGGCCUGAUCCUGCCCAUCCAGUCGUCCAUGGCAAGCCCAGAACAUUUUGAGCCUCUACUGGGGCUGGUAAUGGUCAUCAUCACGGUUGUGUUCGCGUCGGUUGGAGCCUUGUGCUAUGCCACGUUUGGGGAGCGGACGCAGAUUGAGAUCAUCAACAACUUCCCCCAGGACAGCAAGCUCGUCAAUGCCGUGCAGCUGCUGUAUGCCGUUGCCGUGCUGGUCGGCACGCCCGUUCAGCUUUUCCCGGCUCUGAGGAUUAUUGAGGGGGGCGUGUUUGGACAUAUGCGGUCCGGCAAGGGGAGUCUGAGGACGAAGUGGGUGAAGAAUGCCUUCCGGCUCGGGGCGGUCGUGUUUUGUGGCCUGGUGUCGGUUGCUGGGACGGGGAAUCUGGAUCGGUUUGUGGCGUUAAUUGGGAGUGUUGCCUGUGUGCCACUGGUCUAUGUGUAUCCGGCGUAUCUACAUUGGAAGGCCGUUGCCACAAAAAGGUGGGUGCGAUGGGGGGAUUUGCUCAUGAUGGUGGUCGGGGUGAUUUGUAUGGUGUAUACCACCGCCGUGACAGUGGCCAACAGUUUCAUAUAAGCAUCAGCACGACCAUCUUGGGAUUGAUGUUGGAUGGCAUAUCAUGGUUGGACAAGACGGAAGACAAAAUCCGAGUAUAUGGAGAUAGAUGCUCAAUUAUGUUGGCUCCGGCCCUUCCUGCUC